AUGUUGGGUAACGUUGACUUGCUGAACUGCGAUGACGGAGGGGUUUCGUCCGUUUCGGAAGACGCUGCGCUGCUGGCCACGCUCGAGGUCUGUCUGCUUGCUGAGGAUGACCGUUCCUCGAAGGGGUCGAACAAGACAGGAGGGGGCGAAGACAAGGGUGAUGAGCUGAAACCCAGCACGGGUUGCCGAAGAUUCGACUGCGCGAAACAAUCGCUCUCCCUGUGGAAUGCCGGUAUCUGCGGGAAUAUGCUGGGUGGCGAUGAUAAAGGCGACGAGCUGAAAAAGAACCUUGUGGUUUUGGGCGUGAUGUGGACUGAAGCCUGA